AUGUCUCCAACAACAUAGAGAACUUAACCCAAAUCCUAAAACGACAACAUUAUGGAAAAAUGUUUUUAAGUUGAUAAUCCUACAUUCUUAAUCAUUGUUUAACUUGUACAUUUUAAGCUAAAAACGUACCGAUACAACUAAAAAAACAAAUGUUCCUCUAUUUUUAUCUUCAUCUUAUCCUUUUCACUUUGCAUUCUAAGCCCUGUAUUUACCAUUUUCUGGUUCAGUAGUUGUAAAUCCAAUCCAUAUCUAGUUUUCUAUGCCUCUAGGUUCCACGUGUCGCGAGUUGAUUAACCAGUGGAUCCCUUUGUCAACGGUUCCUAUAUUUGUAGACUCCAACAACUCUUUCUCAACAAAUAAAAAAAUAAAAAAAAAACAGUUAUGCAUUGCAGAUUCUAAAAUUUCCUAAUCUCUUCUCUCUCUUCCUGCCUUCCUCUUAAACCCUAACAUUCUCAAGUCCAAUUCUAAAUGCAAAGUAAGAAACGUAGGAGGAGUUUUUAAUGAAAAUCUCUUAUGAUGGCAAAAAAGUUGAAAAUGAAAGCUCUUUUCAAGCCAAAGGCAAGAAUGCCGAUAGAGCUUGUAAAGCACAUGCGUGAGCUUUUGAUUUUUAUUGAUCAAAACACCAAUGCGCAUGAGCAAAAGCGAAAGGAAAAGGAAAAGAUGGAAGAAUUGACAAAAGCAAUAUUGGAGAUAAGAACUGUCGUAUAUGGAGAUGAUGAUUCAGAACCAAAUAAAGAUUCUUGUGCACAACUUACUCGAGAGUUUUUUAGGGAAGACACUUUCAGGCUCCUCAUUGUUUGUCUUUCAAAGCUCAACUUGGGGGAUCAUCAAAACGCCACUCAUGUCAUUGCAAAUUUGCAAAGGCAAAAGGUUCAGUCGCGUAUAAUUGCAUUAGAGUAUUUGGAGAAUAAUAUUGAUAUUAUGGAUAUUCUGAUAAAAGGGUAUGAAGACAGUAGUGAUAUUGCUUUAUCUUAUGGUGCAAUUACAAGGGAAUGCAUUCGUCAUCAGAAUAUUGCAAGAUAUGUACUAGAAUCAGACCACAUGAAGGAGUUUUUUUUUUAUUACAUUCAAACUCCAAAUUUCGACAUAGCAUCGGAUGCUGCAGCUACUUACAAGGAGCUUAUGACUAGGCACAAAUCAACUGUUGCUGAGUUCCUUUCUAAGAACUAUGAGUGGUUUAUCCAUGAGUACAAUUCACAGUUGUUGGAGUCUCCCAAUUAUAUCACCAAACGCCAGGCUAUCAAAUUGUUAGGAGAUAUGUUAUUGAAUUGUACAAACUCCGAUGUGAUGGCUCGAUACGUGUGCUCUCUGCAUAACAUGAUCAUCCUAAUGAACCUUCUCAGGGAUCCAAAGAAGACAAUCAAGUUGGAAACCUUUCAGGUCUUCAAGCUCUUUGUUGCAAACCAAAAUAAGCCUCCUGAGAUUGUUAAUGUACUUGUCAAAAAUCGAACCAAGCUUAUUCGUUUCUUUAACGACUUCACCAUUGAGAAAGAGGAUGAGCAGUUUGAAGCAAACAAAGCUCAAGUUAUUAAUGAGAUUUCUGUUCUUAAACUCAAACGGAGCAAUCCCAAGAUGUCAUCGGUCUUCAGCUUUAGAACCAAUUGUGCGAUUCAAUGUUAA